CGACCCAAAUCGCCAUCGCCUCUCUUCUCGGUAGGGUUCUUUGGUUCUGCUUCCGGGAGAAAGGAGAAGGAUUCAUGGCGGGCAAUGGGUUGAAGUGGGACGGAUUGCUCAAGUGAAGCCUCUCCCACGCCGAUGGGACUCGCGCUGCUCGGAUAUUGAGAUAUUGCUUCGGACCCUUUGCUUACGGUUGAUCGUUCUUCUUCCAGUUGAUUGAGAUUUGCAGGGUUGGGAUCGAAGUUCCCAAUUUCCGAGGUCAGUGAGGAGGAUAGGAAAUGGCUCGUGGAAGCGAUGCAAGCUGAUGAAGGAGGAUGUUCUGGAGCUGCAAGGAAUCGAGUCGCCGGAUGUAGUAGGUUGUAACUGUAAAUGUCAUCCAGUUUCAUAUUCUCAUUGGUGUAUUGAUUUCUUGCAACAUCUUUUUAACCCUAAAGAAAUGUUGGAUGAGCUUGGAGAGCAUGUUGAGUCUAUUGAUAUGACAAAUGACUUGCACUCAAUCAGCAGCUUAGUCCCUCUGCUUGGUUACCUGAAAACCUCCGAAGCUGGUAUUGGAGCAAAGGAUGCAGAUGUUGUAACUACCAUUGUGCAGAACAAUCCUCGAAGUCGGAAACUUGUAAUGGAACCUCUCCUGUCAAAUUUUACAUCACAUCCUGAUUUAACAGUUCACACAGAAGCUCUUGGUGUGAUAUCCUCUUUGAUUCAGAAUAACCAGGCAGGAAUUGCUGCAUUUGAUCUAGUGAAUGGUUAUGCGGUGCUCGGAAAUGCAUUGUGUUCAGAGAGAGUUAUGGUCUCUUUUCUGAAUCUCUCAUCUGUUGUCUUGCCUGCUAGAGCAAUGUUGCGUUGAUGAUCAUUAAGAGUUUUGACAUUUCAACCUCGCUUUGCUAUGGUCCAACCGUGAUUGCUAGUCCAACUCUUCUAUGAUUAAUUACAAUGCUGGGUGUGUGUCGAUGACAUCUUUGUGCUCUAUUAACCUUCAAGUGAUGAGCCUUUUUUGCCUGUCAUCUUCCAGGAGGGUGCUUAACUUGGUGCAAUCCCUGCUGCUUCAGGAGAACAAUUCAGAUUGCAGCAUUGUGGUUUCCUCGGCUCGUGGGAGAAGCAGCUGUAGGGUGUCAUCUAGAGUUUGCUGGGGACAGGACGUCCGGUGGCAGCACUGUUGUAGCCGAAGAAGACAAACUGAAGGAAGUCCUUCAGCGACGUAUCGAGGGUAUCAGUGGCUGAAGAUCUCGGAGCUGCCAGGGAGGAGCGGCAACUCGUGGGCUCCUUAUGGAGCACACGUUACGGACCAACCAUCAUCGCUCCCAGAGAAGGGAUCUUAUGGUGCUUCCAGGGGUGUAGGCCUGAUGUGGCUGGCAGGCAAAAUCUUCCGGCUGCUGUUUCGUGCCUGGCCAGCAAAGCAGCAACAAACAGGGGGAUCAAGAUCCGGUGUCGAUGGAAAGAAAGAAACCAUCAUCGCUCCCAGAGAAGGGAUCUUAUGGUGCUUCCAGGGGUGUAGGCCUGAUGUGGCUGGCAGGCAAAAUCUUCCAGCUGCUGUUUCGUGCCUGGCCAGCAAAGCAGCAACAAACAGGGGGAUCAAGAUCCGGUGACGAUGGAAAGAAAGAAAGCAAGUCCGCUGCUGCGAACGAGAGUAGCAUUGUAUUCCAGCCACGAGUCAGGUGAUGAAAGGGUCAGUCACGAUCCCGUGAAAGAGAGUAGCAAUGUAUUUUAACGAUGCUAUCUCAAUGGAGAUAGCCCAUCAACAUAUUUACUGCGUUGUAUUUUAACGACGCUAUCUCAAUGGAGAUAGCCCAUCAACAUAUUUACGGAGAUUCUUUGAACA